AUGGCGAAUAAGAAAAUAGGAACCCCUACUCACCUGGGCUCAUUGCUCAGAUCUUCCCUCCACAAGAAGCCCUCCACACCCACACUGAUCUUCAUGAUCAUCUUUUGCCUGGUGUCGCUGGCUUCUCUGUUGCACAAUGGCUUCAUGAUCAUCGUGCUGGGCAGAGAGUGGAUGCGGAAGCGGGCCCUAUCAGCAGCUGACACGAUUGUGACCUCUCUGGCUUCCUCCCCAUUCUGCCUGCAUGGGAUGACCAUCCUGAUCAAUCUCUUGGCCUCCUUUGGUUUUUGUUACCAAACAAACCUUCUUGGCAUCCUCUGGGACUUCACCAACACUCUCAUUUUGUGGCUUACUGCCUGGCUAGCUAUCUUCUACUGUGUGAAGAUCUCCUCCUUCUCUCACCCUGCCCUCUUUUGGCUCAAGUGGAGGAUUUCUCGGUUAGUUCCUAGGCUUCUGCUGUGCUCUGUCAUCAUGGGUGGCCUGUCAGCCAUCAUCUCAGCCACUGGGAACAUCAUUGCUAUUCAGAUGACCAUCUCCCAGGGUUCCCUCGGAAAUUGCACUCUUGGUCACAUGACAUUGGACUUCUUUCGGUACUGUUACUUGGCUCAUGCAGUGCUCAUGUGGCUCACUCCUUUCUUCCUGUUCCUGGUGUCCAUUAUCUUGUUCAUGUUCUCGCUGUUCCAACAUGUGGUAAAGCUGAGGGACCAUAGAUCUGGGGCUUGUGAUUUCCAUACUCAGGCUCAUACCAUGGCUCUGAAAUCCCUUACCUUCUUCUUCUUCAUCUUCUAUAUAUUAUUUUUUCUGUCCCUGGUAAUUUUUGCUACAAAAAUCAAAACCAUGCAGAGUCACUGGUAUUGGGCCCGAGAAGUCAUCAUAUACACAGGCAUCUCUUUGAACUCCGUCAUGCUGGUGCUUAGCAAUCCUAAACUGAGAAAGACCAUGAAGAUGAGAUUUUAG